AUGUUUCGGUUAGUUCUGCCCUUUCAACAAAGUACAAUCAAGAAAAAAAAUAUUGCAUUCUCACUGAGAGACAUUGAAUUGGAAAGGUUGAGGUAUGAGAUACAAGAGGAGAUAAACAGGCGUCCAGAGGAAUUGGCCCUUCAUCAAAAAGAAGAGGAGGAGAGGAAGAGAAGAGAAAAAGAAGAGGUUGAAGCUUUGUAUGUUGCAUGUAAGAUAAAGCAUUUUGAUAGGGUGGACAGAAAAGAUGAGGAGAGGUCUCAAAAAGCAGAGAAGAGUAAGGGGUAUGGGAGUGCGACUGAGAGUGAUUCUGAUGCUGAGGGUUCUGACAAUGGGUAUGAUUAUCCGGUUGACGAGGUUGAUACCAGUGAAGAGGGUUCUGAUGCUGCUGAAGAGAAAGAGAUGAUGAAAAGGUAUCAUGAGAGGAAGCUUCGCAUGCGGUUUGAGGAUGAUAAAUACAAUCCAAGGAUCUUUUCCCAGACCAUGCGUGAAGGGGAAUCCAGUGAUGAUGAUGAAGAACUCUUGGAUGCUUCAAGUGAUGAGGAUGAUGAUAAUGAAAAUAGUGAUGAGAGUACAUCAUCAGGUGAUAGUCAAGUUUCUCCUGCAUCAUCAGACAGAGAUUACAGUGCACAGUACGAGGAAUAG